AUGGCACCAGCACGAGUUGAACCGUCCAUUGAGACGCGGUUAUUUAUCAAUGGAAAAUUCCAACCGUCAAAAAGCGGCAAGACCUUUAACUUGACCAAUCCUACAACAAGGGAGGUGAUCGCCGAAAUCCACGAAGCGGAUGAAGAAGACACCAAUGCUGCCGUUGCGGCAGCAAAGGCGGCAUUCCCAACCUGGAGAGACCUCGAGCCAUGCGAGAGGGGUGUGUACCUGGCCAAAUUCUCCAAACUUAUCCGCGAUUCGAUCGACGAGCUUGCCUAUCUAGAGGCUAUCUCAACGGGAAAGCCCAUUUCUGCUUUCGUCGAUGGCAAUACCGCGGCAAGCAAUUUCCAGCACUUCGCCGAGGCCGGUUACCAGAUCCAGGGUUCAUCGAGUCUAAACACACGUAACCACCUCAAUAUCACAGUGAAGCAACCUUUCGGUGUUGUUGCUUGCAUUAUCCCAUGGAACGCGCCCUGCAUUUUCUUCUCGCUCAAGGUUGCCCCGGCCCUCGCGGCCGGAAACACUGUUGUCCUCAAGAGUAGCGAGAAAGCACCUUUGACGUCAAUAUAUCUCGCCAAGUUGGCAGCAGAAGCUGGCUUCCCUCCGGGUGUAUUGAACGUAAUCACAGGCUUUGGCAGGCCGUGCGGCUCGACGCUCUCGUCUCACAUGGACGUCCGCUGCCUCAGUUUCACAGGCUCCCCUGUUGCUGGCCAGCAGAUCCAAGCUGCCGCGGCAGCUUCAAAUAUGAAGAACGUCAUCCUUGAACUAGGGGGCAAGUCUCCAGCGAUUAUCUUCGAAGACGCAGACCUCGAAAGUGCGGCUACAAUGACGCAAAACAGCAUCCAGUACUUGAGCGGGCAGAUGUGCAUGGCGAACUCCAGGAUCUACGUCCAUGAAAGCGUCGCUGAUCGAUUUCUUGCUCUUUUCAAAGAGAAAUUUGGCGCUGCCCGUCUUGGUGACCCCCUCGAUAAGACAACUACCCAGGGUCCACAAGUUGAUGAAGUUCAAUACAAUCGCAUUAAGUCAUAUCUAGAAAUUGGCCAACGAGACGGAACUAUGACACUGGGCGGUGAUGCGCAAGACGGCUUCUAUAUCAAACCAACAGUUUUCGAGAACGUCCCGGAAGACUCCCGGAUCAUUAAGGAAGAAGUCUUUGGGCCAGUUGUGGUCAUAAACACAUUCAAGACUGAGUCCGAGGUCAUCUCUAAAGCAAACGACACGGAAUUCGGCCUUUAUGCAGCUGUGUUUACCAAGAACAUUGAUCGGGCAAUCCGCGUAUCGAAGCUCCUCGAGGCGGGAACUGUGGCCAUUAAUUGUACCAGCCCAACACAAGCCAAAGAGCUGCCAUUCGGCGGCUUCAAAGGCAGUGGUGUAGGCAGAGAGGGUUACGGAAUCAGUUUGGAGAACUAUGUGGAGACAAAAACGAUACUUAUCAGAGUUAGCCCUGAGUGA